AUGGGCCACGCGCUUUGCAUCUGCUCUCGGGGAACUGUCACCAUUGACCAUAAGCGCUACCUCUUCAUCCAUAAACUGGGGGAGGGUGGGUUCAGCUUUGUGGACCUAGUGGAGGGGUUGCAUGAUGGACAGUUCUACGCCCUGAAGCGAAUCCUGUGUCAUGAGCAGCAGGACCGGGAGGAGGCCCAACGAGAAGCAGACAUGCAUCGCCUCUUCCAUCACCCCAACAUCCUUCGCCUCGUGGCUUAUUGUCUGAGAGAGCGAGGCACUAAACAUGAGGCCUGGCUGCUGCUACCCUUCUUCAAGAAAGGUACGCUGUGGAACGAGAUAGAAAAGCUGAAGGACAAAGGCAACUUUUUGACUGAAGAGCAAAUCAUUCGGCUGCUGCUGGGUAUCUGCAGAGGCCUUGAGGCUAUUCACUCCAAGGGUUAUGCCCACAGGGACCUGAAACCGACCAAUAUCUUGCUUGGCGAUGAGGGGCAGCCGGUUCUAAUGGACUUGGGGUCCAUGAAUCAAGCAUGCAUCCAUGUGGAGGGCUCCCGCCAGGCUCUGGCCCUCCAGGACUGGGCAGCCCAGCGGUGCACCAUCUCCUACCGGGCCCCGGAGCUCUUUUCUGUGCAGAGCCACUGUGUCAUCGAUGAGCGGACUGAUGUCUGGUCCCUAGGCUGUGUGCUAUAUGCCAUGAUGUUUGGGGAAGGCCCUUACGAUAUGGUGUUCCAGAAGGGUGACAGCGUGGCCCUUGCAGUGCAGAACCAGCUCAGCAUCCCACAGAGUCCCAGGCAUUCUUCAGCCUUGCGGCAGCUGCUGACCUCAAUGAUGACCGUGGACCCCCAGCAGCGCCCUCACAUUCCUCUGCUCCUGAGUCAGUUGGAGGUGCUGCAGACCCCGGCUCGGGAUGAGCACACUACCCAUAUCUGA